UGAAAUCCAACCAAUACAGUACUCUGGAAAGCUCUCCAGGCACAAGGGCUUUCCAGGUGGUAUCAGUCAAAUUGAGUACUUGAGGAAAUAUCCUCCAAGAAACAUAGAAAGUUCAUGGCAGCACAACAUGAGGCUGAUCCAGGUUCAGAGGGCAGUGUGAAUGACAGUGUGGAGACAGGGGAUGCUAUAGAUCACAGUGACAGUAGCGGUGCAGCACUGUGAGAUGCCCUGAGGCUAAAUUGGCUUUUGAGGCUACAAAAGAAAUUUGCUUCCUGCUUGGAUCCCUAUUGGCUGGGGAUGAUAUUUUGAGCCCUGUCAGGGCAGGCUCUGCUGGUAUAUCUAGCAGCAGCACUCCUGAACUGAUAGAGGUUAGGACAAGCACUGAAGGUCUGUCAGGGCUGGAGAAUGAAUCUGAAAAUGCUCCUGAUCUCCACUGUGUUUCUGCUUCCCGCUAUACUGGGCUUCCCCAUUCAGGACAACUAUGAAAACAGCACAGCAACAACAGAAUCUACUCAGGUUACUACAGAAGAGGAUAUAUACGACUCUCCAUCACCAAUAGACACAGAUUCUGAAGAUGAAGUUAUUUUUAACAGAAUUUUGGAAGUUAACAAAGACAGCUCUCGGUACUUGCAAGAAGGUGACAUAGUCCCGCAAAGGAGCCGCAGUGCCAUCAACUGUCGCAACUGCUAUUGGCCUCGGUCCAGGGAUGGGAUUGUUCGUAUUCCCUAUGUCUUGGAUCCUACUUAUGAGGAGAACCAUGUAAAAGGGAUUCAUGAAGCCAUGGCAGAAUUUGAAACAUUGACUUGUAUUAAUUUUGUGAAGCGCAAGACAGAACGUGAUUACCUCAUCAUUAGAUCUGCUGAUGGAUGCUGGUCCAACUAUGGAAAAGUAGGAGGUGGACAGACGGUCUCUGUGAUGAAGGGAGGCUGCAUGUGGAAAGGAAUUAUUCAGCAUGAACUGGACCACGCUCUGGGGUUUUUGCAUGAACAUUCUCGAAGUGACAGGGAUAGAUAUGUAAGGAUCAUGUGGGAGUACAUCAGCCCAGCUGACAGACCAGACUUCAAGAAAUUUGAAAACUCCAACAAUCUAGGUCUUCCCUAUGAUUAUUCUUCAGUAAUGCACUAUGGCCCACACACAUUCAGUAAUACCACUGGAAAAGCAACAAUUGUACCAGUUCCUGAUGGAUCAGUACAUAUUGGACAGAGGCUGGGGCUGAGCAACUUGGAUGUGGCCAAAAUCAACAGGCUCUACAAUUGCAGUCGCUGCAGCACUAUUAUUGAUGCAGCAUUUGGGUCACUGAAAUCUGCCAACUACCCAAGAAACUAUUCAGAUAACACCAACUGUGUCUGGCUUAUCCGAACCCGAUCCAGAAAGAUUUCCCUGCACUUUCGUGCCUUUGAUCUGAGGACAACCAGAGGCUGUCAGGGUGAUUACGUUAAAGUUUAUGAUGGAUCCAGCAAGUAUUCUACAGUCUUAAUGGAUAAAACCUGUGGAUCACAGAUACCCAACGAUGUAGUUGCUUCUAGCAGUCUUAUGCUCAUAGAGUUUGUCACAGAUGGUGCUGGUACAGCUUCUGGUUUCCAAGCCACCUUUACUUCUGUAAGGAUCCAAAGAAGAUUUAACAACCGCAACUGAUUUAACGGAGAAGAAUCUAUUCUGUGAAUACUGAAAUUAUGGAUUUCCAGCUUUGCUCCUAUCUUGGCUUGGAUCAGUAUGCAAUUUAAUUCUAUUAAGAAUCAAAUUCUUCACCUUCUUGGGAAAGUUUAUUCCCCAAGCCAUAUAAAUGUAUGAAUUCUAUACAUCUGGUGUAUUACCCCUUUUGU